AUGGCGCUUGGUGACAUACUAGCGAGCGUAACCACUUCCUUUGGAAUUCUCUAUCUUAUACACAACGGAUAUGAGUGGACAGGAAAUAAAAUAAUGGGAGAGUACAUAUUCUGCCCYUUGGGGUGUMAAUCGCAUUACUUCUUCAUGCURUGCUCUAUGUACAGCCUGGUKGCCAUCACCUUCGAUCGAUUCAUGGCUGUUACUUACCCUCUCAAAUAUAAAAGCCAUUCUUCCUGGACAAAGUAUAUCAUACCCAUCAUUUGGGUGGCGUCCAUGGCAGUGCCAGCUCACUACAUCAUUACACAAGCCGUAUUUUGUCGAAUAGAAGGAAAGUUCUACUGCAUUUUGAUGCCAUCACAAGUCGAUGCCAUCUUGAUUUUUACCACUGGUUAUGGUCUGCCUCACAUCGUUACCGUGGUUCUAUAUAUGGCAAUUGCUUACAAGCUCUGGACAAGAAGGGUUCCUGGUGAGCAUGCAUCGGAAGACAAUGGCCAAACCGCUGCUCAGAAAGUUGCCAGAAAAGUCACUCGGAUGAUUAUUUGGAUCAUCUUUGCUUUUGAAAUAUCAUGGACCCCGAUUUUCAUUGGGUAUAUUCUUCCAGCACUUGUUGGUGGUGGCUACAGUGCAAAAGAUGCCACUAAAUUCAUUUGGUAUAAGAUGCUCAUGAUUUCAAAUGGGAUUUCCAAUUUCAUCAUUUAUGCCGCUUUCAAUGAAAACUUUCGUCGAGCUUUUAAAGAAACCCUUCGCUGCACAUCCCUAAGUGAGAUAUCUGCAAACAUGUCCAAAGCAAGGGCCAGACGACCACAAGCAUAA